GUCAGCGCCACGCCUCCAGCAGGCAAGCAAGGAAGGAAGGGCGCAUCCCGGAUAGAAAAGCUAGCUGGCUAGCUCAGCCCAGCAGAGCUCAGUUCAACAGAACCAUGGCAGUAAACCUCAGCAAAAACGGCCCCGCGUUAACAGCGGCGUACAAAGAAGUCGUGAAUGAAAAAUCCGACACCAAUUGGGCCUUGUUCACCUACGAAGGAAACAGUAAUGACAUCCGCUUGGCCGAAAAGGGAGAUGGAGGCUUGGAGGAGCUGGUGGAGGAGCUAAACAGUGGAAAAGUCAUGUAUGGCUUCUGUCGGGUCCAGGACCCAAAUUCCGGGCUUCCUAAAUAUGUCCUCAUCAACUGGACUGGAGAAGGAGUGAAUGAUUCCAGGAAAGGACUUUGUGCAAACCAUGUGAGCUCCAUGGCAAACUUUCUUAAGGGGGCCCACGUUACAGUGAAUGCCCGAGCGGAUGAGGAUGUUGAGCCUGAGGUGAUCAUGGAGAAGGUGGCCAAGGCCUCAGGCGCCAACUACAACUUCCACAAAGAAACCUCCAGUCGCUUCCAAGACAGCGGCCCCCAGGGUCCUGUGGGCUCCGUAUACCAGAAGACCAACGCUAUGUCUGAAAUCAGGAAGACCAACAAGGACACAUUCUGGGCACAGGCGGAGAAAGAGGAAGAGAGACGUCGUCUGGAGGAGCGACGCAAAGCUGAUGAAGAGCGCCAGCAUCUGGAGAAAGAGAGGAAAGACAGGGAAGUCAAGGAGGCAGUGUUGAGAGACAAACGGGACAAGGAGAGGGCCGUGGAAAUUGAGCAACACAAGAAGGAUCAGCAGCAGCAGGAGGCUGAGACCAGAGAGCAAGAGAAACAACGCUGGGAGCAGCAGGCGGAGAUGCAGGCAGAGCAGAAGACAGUCAAACAAGGAGAGUCUGUGGAAAAGGUCCAUGAGGCAGCUUCCCUCAUCUCUCAGCGAGCUAUGAACCCCAGAGAAAUGUUCAAGCAGAGAGAAAUGGGAAUAACUGCCCGUGAUGCAAAGGUGCCCUCUGUUGCCCCUUCCAGCCCCCAGCCAGGGCGCCUUCAAAGCCCUUUUCUCUCAAAGUAUGAAAGCGAGCGGGCCGACUCCCCUCAGCGCCAAGCCUCCCCGGUGCCGGCAGGCUCUGCCUCCCCUGUCCAUGCUGCAGAGCCAGAUGUGGAUGAUGGACAGUCCAGGUGUGAGUAUGAUGAGCCGGAGGCACCCCCCAAGGAGCCCCUGAAAGAUGAAGUACCUGCUGCCAGGCCCUGUGUGCAGGAGGUUUCAUAUGAAGAUGCCCCUCAGGUUGAAGAGAGCAACUACGAGGCGACUGCUGAGGAGACGUCAGAAAAAGGAAUCUGUGCUCGGGCUUUAUAUGAUUAUCAGGCUGCGGACGAUACAGAGAUUUCCUUCGACCCCGAUGAGAUCAUCACCGGGAUUGAGAUGAUAGAUGAGGGAUGGUGGCGAGGCUACGGCCCCAAUGGCCAAUUCGGAAUGUUUCCGGCCAACUACGUCGAACUCGUAUAGGCACUCGCAUUCCCCAGCACCUAAGGGAACCUCCCAUGAAAAGUCCUCCACUGAUCACGUUUCUCCGCAUCACGGAGCCGUGAAAGGACAAGGCGAUUAAAAGGCCUGGCUAAUUCCAAUUGAUCAUGUCAAACCAGUUCCAUAAACAUGUUUUUGUUGUAAGCAGGUACGCCGUGUCCACCUCCACCACUUUACCUGUAAAUGUGAUGAGCCUUAGUUUGAAUCUUGACUUUUACUGAGCAUAAGCAGCACUUGAGUCUACAUUCCUUUCAAAUUAUCGCCGUAGCAGCAGCUACCAGAUGUCUAUUUUCAUGAGACUGACCCAUAGGUUAUGUUUAAGUUUUGAGUUUUUCUUUUUUUAAGUGGAUAUUGUUUAAACAGCACACUCACUGACUGAUUGAUAUGAGGGCUGUCAAUAGCAAAUGAAAUUUGGAGUGUGUAAUGUGUCAUUUUGGUUCCUUCAAAUCAAUGCAUUCGACUUUUUCCUUAGUGCGCUAAAGACAAGAAAACAUUCGCGAUGGCACAUCUUCCAUUAUUAAUUUGUAACGUGCGAUGUUGCAGUGAUGUGAGGUAAAAGCGGAAAAAUGCUACGACAUUUCAGAGAAACUGAAAGUUGAGUAUUUUUCAGAGUACCAUUCCUGAUCAGUUCCAAAUCAUCUUGAAAUAUAGUGUAAUGUGUCGUUAUAUGCCAGAGUCUAUUGUAAUCCAGCCUUUGUAAUAAAAAUAAGAAAUCGC